AGGAGAACAGAUUGUGGUUCCGCUCGAGUUGGAUUCUCGCAAACAGUUUGUCGCGUUGCCCGGGCGCAAGCGCAGCUUCCCGUCAUGGACAACUACCGGGCGGCGAGCCCAGCCGGCUCGCCGCGUUAUCGCGCGUCAACAAACAACGCCGACGCGACGCUGCUCGCCCAGUCGUUGAAGCGCAUGUCACUGCACUCCGGCAGCGCACAUCCUCCCCCGGCGCAAAGCCCCUCUGCAGCUACCCCCAAACGUCCCUCGCCGCCGAGCCGGCCGUCGAGCGUUAUGAGCCAGCGUCGCUCAGAGUCGCCCGCGCUGGGCAGAAAAUCUUCGACACUGUCCCUUCGCAAUGGUGCCGCAUCCAGCCCGGUCCUCCCAGGCUCCCGUCGCGGGUCCUUCGCGCCAAACAUGCCCUCGUCCCCGCUCGCCCCCCAGCCUGAGCAGAAGCCACCACCCCGCGCCUGCGAUAUCGCCGAAGAGUGCUUUAGGAAAGAGCUUGCGCGGCACGAAGGCAUGGCCGGUGCCGCGAAUGCAGGCACUAUCGUCAUCAUCCACGACCAAUGCUACGGCCAUCGUUACGCGCGCCCCAAGACCACCAAAGCAACCCUGGCCACUAUCAUGGAACGACCAGAGCGCAUGCUCGCAAGCGUGCGCGGCAUAGCGAUGGCUUACGUGCGUCUGGGAGAGCGACACAUCGAGGGCAGCAACCCUCUGCGGCCAGAUCAAAAUGCGCCCGAACGGAUACCCUUCAAGAUACGCAAGACAUCCAGGAUGGUUGGGCUAGAUUCGCAGGUCGUCACAAACGUACACGGGACGAAAUGGAUGGAAGAGCUGAACAGCUUGUGCGUGAACGCUGGCCAAAAGCUCGCAUCGACCGGAAAGGAGCUUGCGCGAGACCCGCCAACGAUGCCAGGGCAGCCGCCCAAGGACGCAUUCCACCCCAUGGACUUAUACCUCUCUUCGGAAUCACUGCAUGCCUUGCAAGGAGCCUUAGGCGGUGUGCUGGAUGCCGUGGAUGCUGUGUUCCAGGGAUCUAGCCUGGACAACGGCGUGUCGCGCGCUUUCGUUUGCAUCCGUCCGCCUGGUCACCAUUGCUCUGCUGAGUGGCCGUCCGGGUUCUGUUGGUUGAACAACGUACACAUCGGAAUCGAGCACGCCAUGAUGAACUACGGACUCACGCACGCGGCCAUAAUAGAUUUCGACCUCCAUCAUGGGGACGGCUCGCAGGACAUAACAUGGGACCGCAACAAGAAGGUUAUGGGAAUGCACAAGAACGUGGCGAGUUGGAAGAAGACCUCCAUUGGCUACUUCAGUUUACACGACAUCAAUUCCUUCCCCUGCGAAGAUGGCGACGACAGUAAAGUGCAAGCCGCAAGUCUCUGUAUCGACAACGCGCACGGUCAGUCCGUCUGGAACAUUCACCUAGAGACGUGGUCGACCGUCGAAGAGUUCUGGCAGAUAUACGAGGAGAAAUACUUGGUACUACUCGACAAGGCGCGAAAGUACUUGAAACACCACACCAACCGCUUGCGCAAAUCUCCGAACCACCCCACGCCGAAAGCCGCCAUCUUCCUUUCUGCUGGUUUCGACGCCAGUGAGCACGAAACCGGCGGCAUGCAACGACAUGCAGUCAAUGUGCCUACAGAAUUCUACGCUCGUUUCACACGAGAUGUGGUCCGCCUUGCCGAUGAGCUCGACACCGGCGUGGACGGGCGCAUCAUCUCCGUCUUGGAGGGCGGUUAUAGUGAUCGUGCAUUGUCCAGUGGAGUGCUUAGCCAUCUCAGUGGGCUUUGCGACGGCCAGGUGUUCACGGACGCUCCUAUCUCCAGCCUCGCUCUGAACAUGCACAAUCGAAUGAAUGAACUGGGUGUGCAUGAUGAAGACAUGCUCACGAGCUAUGCGGAGCCUGGUUUAACUCCUGUCACUUAUGAUCCUCUCUGGUGGCAUGAGUCCUGUCUCUUGGAGCUGGAGAAUCUGGUGACUCCUCCCCCCAAUAUCAUCCCAAAGAAGGUGCGAUCAGGACCUGCGGCGCAUUUCUCAUCACCGACGCAGUCCUUCACUGCCAAGGUCGUCGAUCCAUCGAGGCUGCAACGCAGUUUGUCAGGAAGGUACACACCAUCCCGCUCAGCUUCUCCAGCCCCGCCGCUACCUCUGCCUGAAGUCGAUUGGGCCACCGCAGCGCAUACAUUGAGUCAGAUGCUUAUCCCCGCCGACAGGCAGACCAGGAGCCACAAAUUUGAGGAGUUGGCUGAGCCUAAGGUCAAGAAGGAGAAGCCUGCACCGGUGUUGACAUCGGUUCAUGUUGAUCCAUCAGGCCGCCAGCUUCGUGGGAGGAAACCUGCUGCUACUUUGUACGCUGACGAUGACGACGAGUCUGUACGAGCUGCGUCACGAGCAAGCCGCCGUCAAACGAUCGCCGACUUCCCUCUGGCAAGCAUCGAGCCUGAGCCCAAGCAGCGCAGCGUGUCCCGACGUAUGAGUAUCGCGUCAAGCGUUGGCUCGACCACAGAGAGCCAGAUCACGAGUCGUGCUUCUAGUGUUCUAUCGAACAGGCGCAGCGCAAUCCCUGCUCCGAGCGCCUCGGGUGUUCCGAUGAAGAAAGCUAGGGCCCCAAGCACAGCAGCAGCAGCUCGAAUUCCAAAGAGCCGGCCUCCUGUCCCCCGUGUACCUUCUAAUUAUUUAAGUAAAACAGCUGCUUCUAUUGACAAGGAGAAGGAAAAUGAGAUGGACCAGCUCACCUCUCGUGUCCAGCGCGUCAAGUUGAACAUGCCGUCCAAGGAAGAGCACGAUGCCAGAGAAAAGGCAAAAGAGGCGGAGAAGAAAGCCAAGGCUACGCGGAAGGCACCUGCUCCUAAGACAACUAAGCCAUCUGCGAAGAAAGCGCCAGGCCGGCCACCGAAAACCGCCCAGCCUCCAUCUUCUGUGAACCAAAUCGAAGUUUCCGUUCCCGUUGCUGCACCGCAAGCAUCUGAGAUGGAGGUAGCAGCCAUCACGCCUUUGAAACAGCAACAGCCGAUUGUCCCAGAGGCGGUACCUAUAGAUAUGGAGCAGACGCACGAGUCUAUCGCUCUGAGGGAGGGCUCUACCAAAUCUCCCCGCCAAUCGAUUGGCAUGCUCGAGCCCCCGACUGAGCUCAUGGAAAUGAGCAUCACGCCGGAACAACUACCAGUCCCGCCCUUUUUGGAGAGAGAAUCGCUCCCUCUGACGACUUCGCCACCUCGCCCGGACACACCUCCACCUCCUCCGCCAACCAACAUGAACGGAUUCGUAAACUACAACACGCAAACCUUCGGGACGGUGCGACCGCCCUCAGAGACCCAAGCCCAGACCGCGCUGCAAUGGCUCCCGCCAAACACUGCCGCUCCCGUCCCGACGCUUGCCAACAUACCUGCGAAUCUGAACUCAAACCUUUCACCGUCCGCGGCAGGUACACGUAAUACUCUUCCUGUGUUCUCUUCGAGCGGAACGAUCCCAUUUGCGCCGCGUCCGAACGGCGUUGCCGCUGUGCCCAGCACCGAGCCGAAGGUCGAGCCCAAGGAUGAGCCCAAGGACAUUUGGGAGGUACCUGAGACGCCCGUGCGCUGAUUGUAAGCACCCUUAGGUGCAGUGUUUGUAUGCGAGCUCAGAAUUCGGUUUGUUUUGCUCACGUUGGAGCACACAUGUUCUCGAGGC